AUGGAGGAUGAGACAGAAUCUGAGGAGAGCGAUCGCGAUGAUGGAGAGGAAGAGGUGGACAAUCCUGCAAAUGAAGAAGCGGCAAAGCGAGAGGAGGAGUGUGGCGAGAUGGGGGGCAAUGAGGACCACAUGACUGCUGACAAGCAAUCCAGAGAUUCAGAUACUUCAGCAACACCCGAGGAACUGCGAAAUCUGGCUUCCUCUUGUUGCGCUGAUGGCGCGGCCUUUCUUCGAAAGGGUGAACUUCAGGAGGCUGUGCGAAAGCUUGUUCGCGGGCAGGCGCUGCUGGAGCGAGCUGAGCCAGGCAGUGCGGACAUCGACAAGCAGAAGAGUUUCGCAGCACUGCAAGCAGACAUUGCGGGCAACCUGGGCAUAUGCUACAGGAGAUUAAAAGACUUCGGACCAGCUGUGAAUCAGCUGCAGCUUGCGCUGCAGCACCACCAGGUCCGCCUGAACGAUAGCGACAAGGUCUUGAUCUUGGUUGAUGUUGCGGACCUCAGAACUCUGGUUGCUGCUCAUCUCAACCUCGCUUCAUGCCAUAUGGAGAGCGAGGCGCCUGAUGCAGCUCUCAAGCACGCUUCGACAGCAGCGCAGCUCAGCGGCCAAGUCCUCACUGCGAGUCGAGACAGCAGCGAGGCGCCUGCAGGUCCCGCUGAGAACGACUUUGCAAUGCUCGCCGUGUCCUUUCACAAGGUCGCGGAAGCACAUGAGGCCCUGAAGGAAUGGGGUAAGGCCAUUUUCGCCCAUACACAGGCGCGCGAGGUUGUUCAGCGCAGCUUGGGGCCGAAUCACCCGCUGACGCAAUCACUCGCGAGAUGCCGUCCUCAUUUGUCUCGUCCAGCUGCCGGCAACAGGCAGAGCGAAUUCCUUGAUGCCUAUGCUGCCAACAUUGGAAGAAGCACGGGAUGCCCGUUGCUGCGGCCUGGUAAAGGCCAAGUCCUGCCAACUAUCCCUCAAGGUGCUAGGGGCAAGCCGUUCAUGAGAACAACAGAAGCCUUGGGCUUCGAGCUGGUAGGUUAUCAGAUGAAUUCAACGUGCUUCCCAAGCUGGCCUCCAACCAACGCGAGCAAUGAGGAGCAGGAAUGGUAUGCCAUGGCACGAGCUCGAAGGCAUGAAGCUCCGCCGCUUCCAAAGUUGGCCAUCAAGCAGGAGCCGGAAGUUGAUAACUUUCCGGUGAUUCCACCUCCCAGCAGAAGCACGCUGAGCAGGCGUGGCCGAGUAAGCUAA